AUGAUGCCAGAUACAUUAUUUUCGAAAACAGUUUUCCCAAUACUAAAAAGGUUGGUUACAAAUGAUAUAAAAAACGAGGAUACUGAUAAUGAUGAGUAUCUCUUAGAUAAAGUAACUUAUGCAGGCACUAUUGACUAUGAUACACCACAAUGUCAAAUCGUAAAUGAACUUAAGGGACUCUUUCCACAAAUGAAUAAUAAUAUUGGAGAUGAAAACCUUACUCGCAAAUCUCCAAAACAUCUAGAGUUUUUUUUAGGUGGGAUUCCAAGAUGCAAACAUGAUAUUGGGGACUUGCAUUUCAUAACAGUUAGUGAAGAUACUUGGUCUGCCAUGCUAAAUCGGAACCAGUGCCAAUUAAACCUUCUUGGAUUUCCCUUAGAAACACAGAAACCUGCUCGCAAACCCAAUAUGUCCAAAAAAAAUUUCGUAGAGUUAUUUGAAAAUUAUGUUUUUGGUAACGAUAGUGAUAGUAUUGGGUUAUACACAUUUAUUCAGUAUAAUUUAAAGUCAAAACAAAGUAUAACUAAAAUGGCAAUAAUCAAUUGGAUACAAGUAGAUCCCCAGUACUAUAGAUAUCGUAAAAUUCGAUUUCCUAAAGGGGAUGAUAUUAUUGAAGAUUACAUUUAUAAAUUCAACUUAAUAAAAGAGGAAACUAAUUUUUUAAACUAUGCUAAUGUGGGAGAUUCAAAUACCAGAAGAAAACAUUUUUUAAAGAGUUUAAAAAUGGGGAUUAAAUUGAAAAGCUACGAAUUUAAGGGCUAUAUCAAGUUAAGAGAACUGCAACAACAGGAACACUUGUCGGCUAGACUUGCCACAAAUAUGAAGCGGCAGUCUUUAGACCCAUACAAUUUUGUUAUAAUAACUUUAAUCAACACUGAUUUUCCAGAUAUAAAGAUAAAAGAAAAUGAAAAUGAAAAUGUGGAUACUAAGAUUUUAAAUUAUAAGAAUGAGAAUACCACCUCUAAUAUUCCUUCAUUUAAAAAGCAUUCCCAGCUUGAAAUACAAACUCCUUAUACUGAAAUCACCCCAGAUACUGGUUACUCAACUUUUAGAAAACAAAAACAGCAUCUGCAGCAUCAGCUUCAUCAAUACAACAACAAAAACAGCGAUCCUAAUAACGGCAGUGUCAAAGACAUUGCUAAAAUUAAAAACAAUCCGAAAUCGUUAAUGAAAAAUCCAUAUAUGAACUUUUCAGAAUACAACCCAAAAGCACAUAAUGAGCAUCUUCGCAACUUAUAUUGUCAUUUUGAUAAUUCAACCGAAAAACAGCUGAAACAAAGCCAGACCGCUAAACCCAAUGUUUUGCAAGAUAGGUUGAAAAAAGUGCGGAUCGAACCAAAUUUCGUAAUAAAUAAAACCCAAUGUGACAAUUAUAGCGAGCAGAAAGAAUCUUUUACAGUUUUUGAUACAUUACGUUCAUAUGUCUCUUUAAGCUCAAAGAACUUGGAGUUUAAUACCACACAUGCUUCCGAACAUGAGCAGUCUUUCGACUUACAUUCAAAAAAUGCUAGUCGUAUCAUAAGCACUGCCAGUAGUGAAUUUACUAACCAACAUGAAGAUGAGAGAAAUGACGCGGCAUCGAUAACUGAAUCAGUAUAUUCAUAUGAAUCAACAUCUUCUUCCACAUACUCAGCCAAGAUCAAUACUACUUUUGGUAGUUUUGUUCAUAGGAUUAAAAACCUUAAUAAGUUGUCACAUUUUCUCGAAAAACAAGAUAGUAAAAACGACUUUAGAAAACUGGAACCCAAAAAUAUAUCGCAAACUGACUCUACGAGUUUCAAUGACAUAGAAACAGCAAAAUCAUCCACUUCAAGUAUUGGAUAUUUUGAGAAAUUUUACAAAGAAGUUAUAAAGACAGAAUAA